GUCUCCGUUGCUGAAGGAGAACACGACUCAGCGCUCCUUGGUGGAGGAUCUGGAAAAGUUGUUGGAAUGGUUGAAUAAUCAGAACUCUGCGAAUGGGAAGAUGGCGUUCAGACAGAAACUGAGCUGGUCGCUGAAGGGCAAGAAGAAGGUCGAGAAGCUCUUGCUCCGCUUAGCCCGUCAUAGAGACCAUUUCACCCUUGCGCUCUCGAUUGAAUCUUGUCACAUAGGAAACGAGCUUGAUAAGAGCGUGCAGACGCUAUCGAACCAUCAGGACAUGAAGGAUACUAUUGAAUGGCUGAUGCCAACUGACUACGUUGCGAGGCAUACGGCCAUAUCAGGUUGUGUGAAAGCAGGAGCUUACUCGUGGCUUCUCGAGGAUCCCAAAUUCGUGGCAUGGCGCAGGUCUGAGGCAAGCGGCAUUCUUCGUCUCUGUAGCAAGCUUGGAAAUGACACGACCGCUUUGAGUUACACUGUAAUGGAAGAACUUGAAAAGACCCCAAAGCAAUCGGGGCAACUUGUUCUUUAUCACUAUUUCGACGCAGACGAUCCGAAAACCCUCAGUGCGGCUUCCUUCGUUCGGACGCUUCUCGUUCAACUCAUCCCCGCCGAUCGCUCUGGUGUCGUCGCACACAAUCUUGGAAAGAAACGACUAGAGCAACAUGCUAUACUUACCGACCUUGACGAACUAUUUGAGUUUCUUGCAACUGCAAUGCAAAUUCUCGUUUCGCCCCCUGUCAUUGUGGUCGAUAGGCUGGACAAAUGCACCACCGAGGAAAUACUACUAUACAUCCAGGGCCUGAUGGAACGUGUCCCCGAAACCUGCAUGUUUCUGACCAGCUGCGAGGAUGUAGCGCUAUUUGGCGCGCAGUCAAAGUUUCCUUGUAUCUACACGCCCGACCAUAUCGAGGACUCUUCGAAUAACGCUGCCAAUUGCACCAAAGCAACUACAUUGAAACCAGCCGUCGGUGUUUAUGAAGUCAAGUUGAGGUUCUCUCAAGUUACAGUGUCUGCCAACGUAUGUCUAUUUCAAAAGACUAUUGCAGAACACAAAAAACAUUCAUCAUCUUCAAGCAGAUUAUUGAACGUGGAUCAUAAGGAUGAUGUGCCUACUAGACUACGAAUAGAUACAUCCCAGCGCCAUUUUUUUUUGUCGCUGAGUGAUAUCGGUCUACCAGAUGGCCGACCACGAUGAGACUUGUAGACGCGCCUCCGAUCGCGUU